CAAGAGAAAUUGGCAGCACGUGAAAGGGACGAAGUCGUGGUUCUGGCAAGGCGGUGUUGGCGUCGCCCGGCCACUUCCUUUUCCGACAGGUCUUUCAUGUGCCGUACAGUGUUUUGAGCAAAAUGACGACCACCAUUUCAAAGAAACGAAAGUUUGUUGGAGACGGAGUCUUCAAAGCUGAGCUCAACGAGUUCCUUACUCGUGAGCUCGCUGAGGAUGGUUACUCCGGAGUGGAGGUCCGUGUGACCCCAUCUCGUACCGAGAUCAUCAUCAUGGCCACACGUACCCAGAAUGUUCUCGGAGAGAAGGGUAGGCGCAUUCGUGAGCUGACUUCUGUUGUGCAGAAGAGGUUCAACUUCCCUGAGAACUCUGUUGAACUGUACGCUGAGAAGGUUGCCACUCGUGGUCUCUGCGCCAUUGCCCAGGCUGAGUCGCUCAGAUACAAACUGAUUGGUGGUCUUGCUGUAGGAGGUAAGGCCUGCUAUGGUGUUCUCCGAUUCAUCAUGGAGAGUGGUGCCAAGGGCUGUGAGGUGGUUGUCAGUGGCAAGCUCCGUGGACAGCGUGCCAAGUCCAUGAAGUUUGUUGAUGGCUUGAUGAUUCACAGUGGUGAACCCACUAAUGAUUAUGUUGACGCAGCCACCCGUCACGUCCUGCUUAGGCAAGGUGUCCUUGGUAUUAAGGUCAAGAUUAUGUUGCCUUGGGAUCCUAAUGGCAAGACUGGACCCAAGAAACCUCUCCCUGACAACGUUUCUGUGGUCGAGCCCAAGGAAGAGACACUUCCUACCAUGCCAUCAAGUGAUGUGAAGGCAAGCAAGCCUGAUGCUGCACCCAUCACACCGAUUGUUUGAAGUCCUUUAAUAUAAAAUUUAAAAACUGAA